AAACAGGUAGCACAGUAUUCGUGAACAAUAUAUCCAUAAAAAAGGGACCAGUUCUGGUGCCGGCACAUAGCGAUGACCAUGGAGAAAGAAUCCUCUCUUAUGAAGAAAAAACCCAAAAAGUUUAACUACACCCCAGGUGCAUAUGCUGUACAAUGCUACAAGUGCAUGAAAUGGAGGUCAGUUGGAUCCAAGCAUGAGUUUGAGACCAUAAGGGCAAGCUUUAUUGAGGAUCCAUGGUACUGCAACAAAAACCCAAAUGUUUCUUGUGAUGAUCCCGCUGAUUUGGAGUACGAUGCGAGCCGUAUUUGGAUUAUUGAUAAACCCAACCUCCCAAAACCACCCCAAGGGUUUGAAAGGGAACUGGUUCUCAGAAGGUGUUAUUCUAAGAUUGAUGCUCAUUAUACAACACCAACAGGGAAAAAAGUUAGGGCCCCUUCAGAGAUUGGGAAGUUCUUGGACUCAAAAUCGGAGUACAAAGAAGCUGGGGUUGAUGUUUCUCAGUUUUGUUUUACAGUUCCAAAGAUAAUGAAUGAUAUGUUUCUGAGGAAGAGGGAGAGCGGCGAUGAUAAAAGCAGGAAUGUCAAGAGCAAAGUGGAAGAUGAUUGAGAGAGUCUAUUUUAAAAUUCAAAUGUGCAUUUUCCCAAUUUGGAUUGGCCUUGAAGUUGGUUUGUUUGCUUCUUUCUCCUUUGAUAUGUUUGUAAUUGGCUUACUUUAGAUUUAGCAAUUUUGUACUAACGAGUGGCUUUGCUAUGCGACAUUCCUCUUACCUU